AAGCGCGCCGCCUCACGCACGGACGGACUCUUCUGUUCUUCCCCAGUGCGCCUCGGCCGCUGCUCCUGCGCGCAUCUGUCCUCCACAAUCCUGGUUCUGGAUGAAGGCAUGUAAGACGGGCUGUGACGCUCCGAGCAGCAUGUAGCACCUGGAGCUGCGCGCACAUCGCCUCCCUGCCGCGCUCCUCCUCCUCUUCCUCUCGGCUCUGCGUGUUCUCCACCUCCCGGGGUGCUCAUUCCUCCGGUCGGCAUCGCCUUCAGCAGGAUUUUUCGAGGAUCUUCUUGGGGGUGGGUGGGGGGUUUGGUACUCAGGCCUGUUUCAGAGGAGUGAGUCUUCAUCCUUCAGCACCUACCGGUCGAUGGUCUUUGAGGAAGCUUCCAUCUUGAGUCGCGCUUCUACCGACAGAACCAUGGCGAGCGACUCCCCUGCGCGGAGUCUGGAUGAGAUAGACCUGUCUGCACUACGGGACCCAGCUGGGAUCUUCGAGUUGGUCGAACUGGUUGGAAAUGGCACCUAUGGGCAGGUCUACAAGGGUCGCCAUGUCAAAACAGGCCAGCUUGCUGCCAUCAAGGUCAUGGACGUCACCGGAGAUGAGGAAGAGGAGAUUAAAGCUGAGAUUAACAUGCUGAAGAAGUACAGUCACCAUAGGAAUAUUGCAACCUAUUAUGGAGCUUUUAUCAAGAAAAACCCUCCAGGAAUGGAUGAUCAGUUAUGGUUGGUGAUGGAGUUCUGUGGGGCGGGAUCCGUGACGGACCUAAUCAAAAACACCAAAGGGAACUCUCUUAAGGAGGAGUGGAUCGCCUACAUCUGCAGGGAGAUCCUUAGGGGAUUAACCCAUCUCCACCAACACAAGGUCAUCCACAGAGAUAUAAAGGGUCAGAACGUGCUAUUGACGGAAAACGCAGAGGUUAAACUGGUGGAUUUUGGUGUGAGUGCCCAGCUGGACCGCACAGUGGGGCGAAGGAACACGUUCAUUGGGACGCCGUACUGGAUGGCCCCGGAGGUCAUCGCCUGUGAUGAGAACCCUGACGCCACAUAUGACUUCAAGAGUGAUCUGUGGUCGCUCGGCAUCACAGCCAUAGAGAUGGCAGAGGGAGCACCACCUCUGUGCGACAUGCAUCCGAUGAGAGCGCUCUUCCUCAUCCCUAGAAACCCUGCUCCAAGACUCAAGUCAAAGAAGUGGUCGAAGAAGUUCCAGUCAUUCAUAGAUAGCUGUCUAGUGAAGAGCCAUAGCCAGCGGCCGAGCACCGAGCAACUCCUCAAACACCCGUUCAUCAGAGACCUUCCCAAUGAGCGGCAGGUCCGGAUCCAGCUGAAGGACCACAUCGACCGCACCAAAAAGAGGAGAGGAGAGAGGGAUGAGACUGAAUAUGAGUACAGUGGGAGUGAAGAGGAGGAUGAAGAGAAGGAUAUCGGAGAACCCAGCUCAAUCAUCAACAUCCCCGGUGAGUCCACUCUCAGGCGGGACUUCCUGCGCCUCCAGCUAGCCAAUAAGGAGCGCUCGGAGCUGAUCCGGCGUCAGCAGCUUGAGCAGCAGCAGAACGAGGAGCACAAGCGCCAGCUACUGGCUGAGAGGCAGAAACGGAUCGAGGAGCAGAAAGAGCAGCGGCGACGGCUAGAGGAGCAACAGCGUCGGGAGCGGGAGCUCCGGAAGCAGCAGGAGCGGGAACAAAGAAGGAGGUAUGAGGAGAUGGAGCAGCUUCGCCGGGAGGAGGAGAGGAGGCACGCAGAGAGAGAGCAGGAGUAUAUCCGUAGACAGCUGGAGGAGGAGCAGAGGCAGUUGGAGAUCCUGCAACAGCAGCUUCUGCAAGAGCAAGCUUUACUGCUGGAGUACAAGAGGAAGCAGAUCGAGGAGCAGCGCCAGGCGGAGCGGCUGCAGAGGCAGCUGCAGCAGGAACGAGCCUACCUGGUGUCUCUGCAGCAGCAGCAGCAGCAGGAGCCGCCGCGGCCGCCGCAGGACAAAAAGCAACUGUACCACUACAAGGAUCAGGCGCCUAGCAGCAACGACAAGCCCGCCUGGGCCAAGGAGGUGAUGCGUCGAGCUCAGAGCAACUCACCUCGCCUCCCCCCUAAGAAGUACCACUCCUUCAAAGAGACACGGGACGUCAACCUGGACAACCUCCUCCUCCUGCCCGGGUACAGACCUCCCCAGCCCCGCCCCCCUUCCUACCCCGCCCAUGUCAGCCCCACCCGGGACCACCUGCACAUGCCCAGAAUCCGGAUCACCUGCGUCCCCGAUCCGGAUUAUGCAGAGCCAUUGCUACAACAGGAAAGUCCCGACAGACAUCCGGACUCCAGGGGCCGCAGCCCCGCCCGCCGGGUGGAGGAGCAUUAUAAGAUGAACAGACAGGCUUCUCCUGCAUUGCAGCAUAAAGUCUCCAACCGGAUCUCAGACCCGUCCCUGCCUCCCCGCUCUGAGUCCUUCAGCAGUGGAGGAAUCCAGCAGGCCCGAACUCCACCCAUGCAUCGCUCCGUCGAACCGCAGAUGGCCCACCUGGUGCAGGUGAAGAGUCACGGCCUGUCAGGCUCCCAGUCUCUGUACGACCCCCACGGCGUGUCCUCCACCUCUGCGUCGCCCUCCCCCUCCCGGCCUCCCAUGCCCCGGCAGAACUCCGACCCCACGUCCGACACCCCUCCUCCCCCGCCACUGUCCCGCCUGGCGCCCCCCCUCGAAAAGCUGGACCGCAGCUCGUGGCUGCGGCAGGAUGACGACAUGCCGCCCAAGGUUCCGCAAAGGACCACCUCCAUUUCUCCUGCCUUGGUUCGGAAGAACUCUCCUGGAAAUGGUCCUGGACUCGGCCCGCGGGCUGGAGCUCACCUCAUCCGGGCCAGCAACCCUGACCUGCGGAGGACGGAUAUUUCCAUGGAGACGCCUUUGAAGAGGGCGAGCAGCGGCAGCUCUUCCAGCUCCAGCACCCCCAGCUCCCAGGGAGGCUCCAACGAGCGAGGUAAUUCAGCUGCUAAAACCGACAGCUCCACGCUUUCCUCCCAUGACGCCAAAGACGAGAGCAGAGAGCUGACUCGGCCCAGCAGGCCUGCAAGUUAUAAGAAAGCUUUAGACGAGGAGGAGUUGGACCUGACGGCUCUGGCCAAAGAGCUGAGAGAGCUGCGGCAGGGAGAGGAGACCAGCCGUCCACCUGUCAAAGUGACGGACUACUCUUCAUCCAGCGAGGAGUCCCACAGCAGCGAGGAUGAGGAGGGAGAGGGCGGAGCUAAUGAUGGAUCAGUGGCUGUUAGCGAUAUACCACGCAUUAUGCCUCCAGCAAGUCCAAGCACCAACGAGUCCUUCGGCGUGAUGGGAGGUCACAACGACACCCAUGGUGACUCGUACGGAGACACCUCGCAGGACAGCACGCUCAUGAUGCGAGAGUACGAGAUGGGAGGCAGCGGAGGCUCCAAGGCUUCCUUCACCCCGUUUGUUGAUCUGAGGGUGUAUGGGACCUCCCCGACUGACGACGACGAGAAAAACUCAGCUGCAGCUCUGUUUGCUGAUGAGCUGCUGAAACAGGAGCAAGAGCAAGCGAGGCUCAACGAGGCCAGGAAGAUCUCUGUGGUCAACGUGAACCCGACAAACAUCCGACCGCACAGUGACACGCCCGAGAUCAGAAAAUACAAGAAGAGGUUCAACUCUGAGAUCCUCUGCGCAGCUCUCUGGGGAGUGAAUCUGCUGGUGGGGACAGAGAACGGCUUGAUGCUGCUGGACCGAAGUGGACAAGGCAAAGUUUACAAUCUGAUCAAUAGAAGGCGCUUCCAACAGAUGGACGUCCUGGAGGGACUCAAUGUCCUGGUCACCAUCUCAGGGAAGAAGAACAAGCUGCGAGUUUACUACCUGUCCUGGCUGAGGAACAGGAUAUUACACAACGACCCAGAGGUGGAGAAGAAACAGGGCUGGAUCACAGUGGGGGAACUGGAGGGCUGUGUGCACUAUAAAGUCGUGAAAUAUGAGAGGAUUAAAUUCCUGGUGAUUGCUCUGAAGAACUCAGUGGAAAUCUACGCCUGGGCACCAAAACCUUACCAUAAAUUUAUGGCCUUUAAGUCUUUCACAGAUCUGCAACAUCGCCCCCUGCUGGUGGAUUUAACUGUGGAGGAGGGCCAAAGGUUAAAGGUCAUUUAUGGCUCCACUGUUGGUUUCCAUGUGGUUGAUGUGGACUCCGGAAACCCCUAUGACAUCUACAGCCCCUCCCAUAUUCAGGGUCAGGUGACCCCACACGCCAUUGUGGUCCUGCCCAAGACGGACGGCAUGGAGAUGCUGCUGUGCUACGAAGACGAGGGCGUCUACGUCAACACCUAUGGGCGUAUCACCAAAGACGUGGUGCUGCAGUGGGGCGAGAUGCCCACAUCCGUCGCCUACAUCCACUCCAACCAGAUCAUGGGCUGGGGGGAGAAGGCCAUCGAGAUCCGCUCCGUGGAGACGGGACACCUCGAUGGGGUUUUCAUGCACAAACGGGCUCAGCGGCUGAAGUUCUUGACGGAGAGGAAUGACAAGGUCUUCUUUGCCUCGGUUCGUUCUGGAGGCAGUAGUCAAGUUUUCUUCAUGACCCUGAACAGAAGCUCCAUGAUGAACUGGUAACCGGCCUCCUUCUUGGAACCACGACCCUUUUCAGGAGGGAUGACAGGAGGACAAGUUUGUGCGUGUUUAUAUAUGUGUGUGUGUACUCGUGGACGACGACGACAACAAGCAGCUGACUGGACUGCACAUCUGGAGGUGUUAAACCACAGCGGAGUGUCCCUACUUAGAAAUCCUCAUGCUGUAGGGGGCGCUGCAGGUCCUGCGGUUGGUGUCAGUUCCUGCAGAGCAAAGGUGACCUCACAUGUUGUCAGCAGUUGGUGCUUUGGCCUCUCCUGAGGACUGUUGGACUGAACGGAGGGUUGAUCUGGAGCCUUUUGAGGACCUGACAAGUAGCCUUUCAGUGGGGAAGCCCUUUGUGUAGCACAUCAGUGACUUUCAACCAGGGUGUUCACACUGCGAGUUUAAAGGUCAUUCAUGGCGAUGCAGGUGUGUCUGCUGCAGCAAAUCCCCACUGUUGUAGUUGUAGUGAGUAAGCAAAGUAGCAUUAGACAAAAAACACACUUGAGAAUGAGAAAAUAAAUGCACACAAUUUUAAGAUCACACUCAUCUCACAAAGCUAGUCUGCUUUUAUAAUUUCUGUUUUAUUAGAUCAUGUCUGAAUCAAGCACAUGUGGGAACAUCAACAUGAAGCCUACUGGGUAUGAAAAUCCUUUUUGUUUAAAUUUUAGAGAUAGAAAUGCACAACUUUAAGAGGCAACAAGGGAAAGUGACCAGGGCACUAACUGAUUUAGGGCACCUCCUGAUAAAAUCUGACAAUCUUAAAGGACAGUGACAGAAAAUCUUUGACCAUAUGAUGAAAACAGUGUCGCAACAUUUCACUGCUUCAGCCUGAAUGAAUGAAAUUAGAGGAGAGUAGCAUGUAAUAUUUGCUGCAAUAUUCAAGCUGAAACGCUUAAAAAUUUGAAAAUAAAGAAAAACAAACCAGCACAGUUUUGCCGUUGAAAUGGUCAAAGUUGCUUUCAUGUUGCUGAUGCUGCCUUUCUGAAGUGUUUCUUUGUACAUCACUCUCCACUAAAGAGCUGCCAGAACAGCAGUUUUCAAGACACCAGUUUAAUGCUGUCAUGCUAAAUUUAAAAUGAAAUUGCUCAACUCAAAAUAAUCUCUAGACUGGGGGAGAUCAAGUGUAACACCUGAGACUUUUAAAACAGUUUAAGAAUUUAUAUCAACAUCCAACCAUAAAGACGCGUAAUGUGGAAGCAAAAAUAUCAGAUUUUAUAGGCAUAAAUAGCUGCUUAAGGACACUGGAGGGAUGUUUAUUGUAUUUGCUGACUGAAAAAAUUCCAAUAAACCGCCAACAGAUUUAA